AUGGAGUCCUCCUCAACAAACGCGGCCGAGAUGGCCGUCGAUACCGACCCGCGACAACUUACUAUCUCCGGCAUCACUUGGGAAGCAUUUCAGGUUGCCAUCGACCGGGCACGUAACCUGGAUCUGGGCAAGAGAACUGAUUACAAGACAUUGACUAUCGAGGUGGACGGACUCGAAGCAUGCUUUGGGCAGUCCCUUCCAUCGGCAUCAGAAGUCGGCAACGUGGCCUCGAGAUUGACUGGGCUCAUCGCAGCGCUGCCAAGCUUGAAGCGUCUGGAUCUCGAAGGCAGUGCCUCAGCGAGCGAGAACAUUUUGAAGCCCUUCGCAGAUGCUCUAAGAACCCACAUGAUGCAUCAACACCUGCCCGCUGUCGAUCUGGCAGAUGCUACGAAGCAUCUGCCUUCCACUUUGAAUAUGCUUAUAGUCUCGCCGACCUUCGCCACUGUGGCUCCGGCGCUGGUACAUUUGAAGGCUCUGCGCAUCUCAUCGUACGGUGCCGACAUGGACGCAUUUCGCCAACUCAUCAAAGAGCGCAAUACACUACGGAAUCUCAAGACGUUCGAGUUCUCGGCAUUCCACCCAUCGAGCACUCUUGAUAUCGAAGACAUCGAACAGAUCGUCUUCGCUUUCCCGUGGCUUUCUGGACUUGGUUUCAAUGGACUUUUCUCAGUCCCUCACUCCAUGUUCUAUCUUCCUAUUAUUGCGAAGUUGCCGCAGCUCAGCAAGCUCAAUCUGUCCGCAUCAUUGAUCAGCCCCUUGGUAACUCACCGCUGUCUUCCUCCGGGCGAGCGGCAUCGCUUCACGCUCCGAAGUGCUGUGCAAGCUGCACGUCUAUGUCUCGACUACAUCAAUACGCUUCGUGUGGUCCGAUUUGAUCCCUUUACAGGCCUAUUUCCACUACCGCCAAUUUUUCGAGUAAGCAUCAAGCAUGAUGUCGCUCGUUCUGGUGAUUACUACAUCUUUGAAGCGGCACACUAA